CGUGUCUGUUUCUCCCUCUGCCCAUGUCUGUGUCUCCGUCUGUCUUUCUCUGCAUAUCUCUCUCUGUCCUCUUGGAUAGAGCAGGAGUUGUCAACUCAAAGGCCUGUAGACACCUAACAAGACACAGAGCAGAAGGGCCUUGUCCCUCCUCUGCCCUGCCCGUUGUAGAAGAGAAAACUGAGGCCCAGCUAUGGGCUGGAGGGUCCCUCUCCAGGCCCCACAGAGGUGCAGGGGCAGAGUUGAGACCCAGGCUCAGGUCUUAGGACUCUCAGUGGGUCCCUGGCUCUGCCUCUUUCUCUCCCACUAUGAGCCUCAGUUUACUGCCCUGCACCCACGAAGGGGGUUAAGAGGAAUCUGAGCUACCAUUCCCCUUGUACCUUCUUACUUGUUGGACCCUGACGUGGGUGGGAUGAUCCAGGCUCACGGCAUCGGGCCUACCCUCCUACGAGCAGAUCUGGGUGGAACCCCAGGCCCCAUGGUUCAAGAGUCUCAGUUGGCCAGAGGAUGGUAAUGAUGGAAGGAGGUCAGUCAGUCUGCAUGUCCCCAGAGCUGACACUGGUUCCCUGGGAACCUCUGUCCUAGGGGGCCCCUCCAGAGAGGCUGAUAGUGGACUCCUUUCAUGAGGCCCAGGUCAAAGGCCUGCCAGCUUCAACCUCCUCCUUCCAUCCCCAUCUCUGCCAGAGUGCUGUGAGUUGGGGAACGUUGUCCCAGAAUAGACAGGAAGACUGGGUCCAUGCAAGUGUCCGUUUAACAAUCGCUGACAUUUUGCUAAGUGUUUCCUAUGCCUAAAUUUAGGAACUAUUCCUGUCCUAGUGUACACAUAAGCUUUAUUUGAGGAAUGCUAAAGCCAGUUGGUAGCAGAGGCUGGCCUCGGGCUUGGGGAAAGAAGGGGCCUCUUCUGACUUUCUGCCUUCAUGGAACUCAAGAGGGAGGCUGAGGAGAUGGCUGCUGCCAUUCUGGGCCUACUGGGCAGGAGGCGUAUGACGAGCGAGCUAGUUCCCAUUUGUUUGGACACCAAGGACAUUGGUCUACACAUACUGAGAAGGUGAAUCCAUUGACCCCACAAAGUUGGUAGUUUUGAGAUUUAGGAUCCAUUUAAUCUAAGAAAUGAUCUCUUACAAUUCUGAGGUCUGAGGUUGUACUGUUUCAAGACCCCGGGAGUCCCAGUAUCAAUGGGGUCUGCCUGGCCCUCCCUGAACUUCCAGCCUGCAGUCUGUCAGCAGCCCAAAAAAGGCCAGGUCUACAAAACCUGGGGCUCAUGAUAGUGGCCAGAUGGACGUCACCCACCACAUCCGCCAACACCUACAUCACCCCACCUGGGCCAAGCCGGCUGCAGGAUGGGCCAGCCAGUUCUCGGAACGAAACCCAUAGGGUGGGGUACCUGCCCCCUUCUCUUCCUCCUUAGCGCCGAUGAAGCCCAGCGCAUCCGGCCGCCGUGACGUCAAUGGCGGAAAUAUCUGGGGAAGCUGGGGGCUGUGACAACAGGGCCCAGAUGCAGACCCCGAUAGGAAAACAUAAUCUAUGUCCCAGAAACAUCCUCCAUGCAGCUUCUGAGAAACCUAGUCAGAAAGGGACGCCCCAACAGACAGCGCAGGAAGCCGGCUGGCCAGCCUGGCCCCCCAGGUCCUCCAUCACCCGCCAGACCAUAGCCACGUCCCCUUUCUGAAAAACAUGCCUAGGGAGGGCAUGUCUUAUAAACUCUGGCCAAGUGUCUAGGCAGCUUCAGAAGUGACCGUGAACCAGCUAUGUGGGACAGGACCAAGUAGAAGAAAACAUCCACUCACUCACCAAAAGGGGUAUUUGCUUAAGCUGCUGUAACAGAGUAUCACAAACGGGAGUAGUGGGUGCUUAAACAACAAAAAUGUAUCCCCUCCAAGUUCUAGAGGCUCAAAGUCUAAAAUCAAAAUAUCAGCAUGGCUGGGAGGCGGAGGCUGGAGGAUCACAACUUUGAGCCUUGCCUGGGCAAAAUGGCAACACGGAGAGACCUUGUCUCAAAAUAAAAGGGGCUGGGGAUGUAGCUCAGUGUGAAGGCCCUGGGUUCCAUCCCCAGUACCAGGAAAAAUGUCAGCGGGGCUAGUUGUUUCUGUGGGCUACGUGAGAGAAUCUCUUCUGUUCCAUGUCUCUCGUCUAGCUUCUGCUGGUUUGCUGGCCAUCUUUGCUGUUCUCUGGCUUGUAGAAGCGUCACCUCAUCCUUGCCUUCACUCAUCCAUUCCCUCACCCCCUCGUCUCAGCACUGUUCUCCCGGGCCCUUGUUCUAAGCCUCCAUGGGCCAGACUCCUGCUUCUCACACUAAUGCUCUAGCUCCCAAGAGUUUAAUACCUGCUCAUCACAACCAUCUUCCACAGCAUCACAGCUAUGACAACCCCCAUGAGGUGACGGCAAGGAAAGGAACAACUGCCUCCCCCAACCCUCUGUUCUCCAGGCUGCUCUCAGCAGCUGUGCGCCCAACCCAAGUGCUGUGCCAUGCAGUGGCAUGGGGAGUCACACACAUACACACACGUGCACACGCCCAGCAGAGCAGAAGACAUGAAAUCCACACAGGCACACAUCUCCUAGAGAAGGAAGUGGAGGUCUCAAGUUGCCAUGGGACCAGGGAGUUCUGUACUUGGGUGUCUCCUUCAGUAACGCGCAAGUUGGACCGGGCAGUCUUCCAGUUCUGGCUUGCCUGCCAACUGGGAUCACAGGAUCCUGAGAAACUGAACCCAUGCACUUUGGGGAGGAUAGGGUGCUGGGGCUAAGCAGAGGGGCCUGAAGCCAUGAUGAGGGCUUUCGGGAACAGAACACUGGAAAAGCAGAAGUGGAGGAGGUGUGGGCAUUCCAGGCACGCUGAACAGUGUGAGCCAAGGCUUGGUGAACAGGGACUCGGGUGACCACAGAUGGGAGCUGAUUGAGAAAGUCUCACAGGCCCUAGUUCACGAAAGCCUGUGCUUCCUUCCUCUAGCCUGUCCCUCCAGCACUUGCCAUGCUAGCUCUGUGCAGGACAGGAAUACAGAGCUAAUCGUUCCCUGCCCUUGCCCUGAGCUCCACACUUCUUUAUACAUGCCCACUCGGCAUGUCCACAGUGUGUCUAAUUCCAGACUCUUCAUAUGCAUCCACACCUGAUUCUGACUCUCAACCCUGCUCCUCCAAUCCCCAUCCCUGGUAAUGUCGGCUCUGUUCUAGCCGCUCAAGCUAAACCCCAGAAGUCCCCUUGGUCCUCCCUCUCACCUCCUACAUCCAAGAUGCCCACAACUUCUGACGUCACAUUCAAAACAGACUCAAAAUCCAGCCACUUCUCUCCAGCUCCCCUGCCACUACCCAAGAUGGUGCAGUUAUCACUUGCUUGGACUGUUGCAGUAGCCCGCUCACUAGUACUCCCUAGAGCUUGUCCCCCUCACAGCAGCCAGAUGAGUCUUUUGAGUCCAUGCCCAAGCCAAUGGGGUAAACUAACAAAACUCCUAAGAGUUAAAGACCAGCUCCAGCAGAAUCAGCAAAGACUGUGUGGUCCUUGCAGGGUACAAGGGGUACUGGAAGGUUGAGGCUUAAGAUUGGCUUCAGAUAGUGGAGAGAUAGGCUGGGACCUACCCUGGCUGAAGCCCCACAAACCAGUUGCCCAUGGCCAUGGUGAGGACACAUACACAGCAGGGCUGUGCUGGCACGUGUAGGCAGGCUGGACGCUGAGCCUGUGCCUGUGGGGCACAUGGGUACACAUCUGACUGUGUUCCUGACACCACUGUGUAUACGUGUGUGACCAGAGAUGGGGUGCAGUCACAGGACCCGCCAGGACAUGCCCUGACUGACACCUGCUCUCACCAGAGAGGCUGUCCACAUGCCUCAGGUGGUAGAAUAGCUCACAGCACCCAUAGCACAUGCAUAACUCCUUCUCCCUGUGUUCCUAUAGCCUGCCCUCGUACAAGCACCCGAUGCCCAACUCCAGGCCGGCCAAGCCCUUGGCCCCUUCCUUGCCCCUUGGCCCAUCCCCAGGAGCCUCACCCAGCUGGAGGGCUACACCAAAGGCCUCAGACUUGCUGGGACCCAGGAGCCCAGGAGGAACCUUCCAGGGCCGGGACCUCCGCAGUGGGACUCAUGCCUCCUCCUCCUCCUCCUCCUCUUUGAACCCCCUACCACCAGCGCAGCUUCAGCUGCCCACAGUGCCCCUAGUCAUGGUGGCACCCUCCGGGGCACGGCUGGGCUCCUCACCCCAUCUGCAGGCACUUCUGCAGGACAGGCCACACUUUAUGCACCAGCUCUCCACAGUGGAUGCCCAAGCCCAGACCCCCGUGCUACAGGUGCGCCCGCUGGACAGCCCGGCCAUGAUCAGCCUCCCGCCACCCACCGCUGCCACUGGGGUGUUUUCCUUCAAGGCCCGACCUGGCCUACCACCUGGAAUCAACGUGGCCAGCCUGGAGUGGGUGUCCAGGGAGCCAGCACUGCUCUGCGCCUUCCCAAGUCCCAGUGCGCCCAGGAAGGAAAGCACGCUUUCAGCCAUGCCCCAGGGCUCCUUUCCUCUGCUGGCAAAUGGUGUCUGCAAGUGGCCUGGAUGUGAGAAGGUCUUCAAGGAGCCAGAAGACUUCCUCAAGCACUGCCAGGUGGACCACCUCCCGGAUGAGAAGGGCAGGGCACAGUGUCUCCUCCAGCGAGAGGCAGUGCAAUCUCUGGAGCAGCAGCUGGCCCUGGAAAAGGAGAAACUGAGUGCCAUGCAGGCCCACCUGGCAGGGAAAAUGGCACUGACCAAGACUCCAGGAGCGGCGUCAUCCGACAAGGGAUCCUGCUGCAUUGUAGCUGCUGGCACGCACAGCAGCAGUGGCCCAGGGUGGCCCAGCCCCCAGGAGGCCUCCGAUAGCCUGUUUGCUGUGCGGAGGCAUCUCUGGGGCAGCCAUGGAAACGGCACCUUCUCAGAGUUCUUCCACAACAUGGACUACUUCAAGUUCCACAACAUGCGGCCCCCCUUCACCUAUGCCACCCUCAUCCGCUGGGCCAUCCUGGAGGCUCCUGAGAAGCAGCGGACACUCAAUGAAAUCUACCGCUGGUUCACACGCAUGUUUGCCUAUUUCAGAAACCACCCUGCCACCUGGAAGAACGCCAUCCGCCACAACCUGAGCCUGCACAAGUGCUUCGUGCGGGUGGAGAGCGAGAAGGGGGCCGUGUGGACCGUGGACGAGUUUGAAUUCCGCAAGAAAAGGAGCCAGCGGCCCAGCAGGUGCUCCUACCCGACGCCAGGCCCCUGAUCUCAACGCCAAGGAAAGGAAGAAGGAUGGAAAGGGUCAAAACUGGGGGCAGAGGUGGUGGGGACAGGGCUGACAGGCCCCAGAUAUGUCCACAGGCACCGGGAAAUGAGGUGUCCACUGUCUCACCUGCCACAGCCCCUGCUCUCCAGCUUAGCCACCCUCCUGGAUCUUAUCUUCUGCCCCAAGGCUGUUCAGAGGGUCUCCACUCCCAGCCCAGCCCUCACCACCACAGCCCCCCAAUAUGGGACCUCGAAACCAACCACACACACAGCUGCCUCAGCCACCCUCAUAGAUGGCCUUGGAGUGGAAAAGUCACACACAUACACAAAGAGCUUGCCUUGGUACAUGCAAACGCCCCCAACGCUAUGUAGUCACAUAAAGUCAUGUGUGCACACAGUCCUGUCAACCCACACGCCCCAAAGCACAAAGCCACAGCCAACCUCUGGGCCCACAGAGGUGAGGUCAUGCAGAGGUGAGCCCCGGCUGCCCCCAGACGCAGCAUCAGUACCCUCGGGACCACAGGUUACAGAAAGCCACACAGACACUUAACUGGUCACACAGGCUCUUGUGCAACUCCCAACACAUGCGCUCAGUCACAGACACAGCCUGUUAGGACUUGUCCGUGUAUCUCGCACACAUGCACGUGCAUACACACUCAGCUCGCCAGUGUGCCUCCUGAGUCCCACGAGGAUACACGGACUCACCAAAAGGUGCUGACUGUCUCACUUCCCAGCCACCCACUCCCUCCCGAGCCCUGAUCCAUGCCUCAGCUAGACUGCAGAAGAGCCCCUCCUUUAUUUGGGAUCCAAGGCCCCCAGCUCCCAUUGCUCUCUCCAAUAAACUGCAGCCACUUCUCCA